AUGGGUACCAAAGAUAUUAAACAGUCAUUAAAAAUGAAGCAAAAACAGGACCGUAAUUUACAAUUACCCGAAGACACUGAACCAACAGCUAUGUUGGCUUUAGGAUUGCGCGAAAUGCGAAUUGGUGAUGUUAAAGUCGCAAUGAAUUGUAUUAAUAAGGCACUGGAUCUUGAACCAAAUGAUAACAACGCAUUAAUAGCACGAAGUAAAUGUCAUCUUUUACUAGGAGAGCCUCAAAAAGCAUUGCAAGAUGCUGAGAAUGCAUUACAAUUUAAAAUGAAAAAUGUCAGUAUGGCUAACGCAAUAUACUGUAAAGCAGAAGCUCUAUACUAUCUUAAUGAUUUCGAGAUGAGUCUCGUUUAUUAUUAUCGUGGCAUGAAAAUACGUCCAGAAUAUGGACAGUUUCGUCUUGGUGUUCAAAAAGCGAAAAAUGCUAUACAAAAUAUACUGCGUAAAAAUUAAAUGGUUUCAUAACAACGUAAUUAUACAAAACAAAAAACUUAAUCAUAUUGUAAGAAUUUUUAUUAAUUAUAAACUAUCUUUUAAUUAUAAACAGUUUUAAAAUAUUUGUAAUGUAAAAAAAAUUUAGAAAAUUAUCUGCGUAGGUAUAUUUAAUUACAGAAGAGACUUUAUUCUUUUAUUAGUUUCAAAUAUUUGAAACAGAGAAAAAAAGAUUUUUGUAAAAGGGGACAUUUUAUGGAUUUUAAUUAAUUUAUUACUUAAAAUUAUAUUGAUUCUGAAUUGUUGACAAUGAUAAAAAAGCAUAAUAAUGUUUAAAAAAACAUAUAAUCAAAUCAAAAAACGCAAUCUUAUAAAAAUCUAUCUUAUAUAUUAUUAUUUUGUAAUAACAAUUAUAAUAAAUAUUAUAAUUGUAAUAAUAAUAAAAAUAAUAAUAAUUAAACACAUUUUGCACGCUUUAAUAUAUUCAUGGCUAUUAUAUAGAAAAUUUUUUAUUCUGAUGUUUUUGUCUUCCAGUAAAAUAUAUAGAAAAUAUAUUUUACUUCGUUAUUUUUUAGUCGAAAUCUAUAUAACUUGAAUUAAUAAAUAAAUUUAAUAUACAUAUAAAACGUUUAAAAUCCUUGCUUUCCUUUUAAUAUUUAAAAUUUUACAAAUAUAGGUACCUUGUAUAACUAAUUGUAAAUAUACAAUAAAUAAAUAUAUUUGUACUGAAUAUAGUAAGAAAUAUUGUUCUCUUCAUAUAUAAAAAUAUAUAUUCCGUGUGCGUGUGUGUAUGUGUGUUUCAGAUUUUACCAUUAAACUUUGCUAACGAAGAUUACGUUGAGCAAUAUGUUUAGAUCAUUUUGAGCAAAAAAUAUUAUGGAUCGAUACAUCUUCAAUUUUGAGAUAUGAAAAAAAUGUAGUAACCACCAUAAGUAGUUAGAUACUCUGUAAAACAUUUAUUUCGAUAUAUAAACGAAUUAAUUGUAAUGAUAAUUAAACAAACAUCGUUAGAUAUUUUAUAGUUUUAUUAAAUAAUAUAUUUAUUAUAUUAUUAUAAUAUUUAUUAAUAUUUCAAUUAAAGUAAGAAAUCUCUAAUUCACUCUUAGGUUACAUAACCUCCGUAAUAUAAUAAAUAAUAAUAAAAUAUAGUAUAUACAGCAAGAAGAUUCUUUGAACAUUAA